AGUUACGCAAUCACUACUUCCGGUUCAAGUUUGUGAUUCGAACAUAUGACCAGCAGUGAGUCUUGUCCCUGCUGACUUGUCCACGGUCCCCGCUCAUAUGUCCGCGGCGGUGCUAAUUGCCGCUGUUGUCGGCGGUGGGGUCCUGCUGCUUAUGCGCCGUUUAUUCCCUCGACAGAAAGUGACUAAAUUGCUCCGGUAUCCAGUCGACACUAUGCGAGGGAAGACCGUUAUCGUGACCGGGGCUAACAGCGGCAUCGGGAAGGCCAUUGCAGGGGAACUGCUGAAAGUCCAAGCCCGAGUCAUCAUGGCCUGUCGGGACCUGCGAGGCGCUGAGGAGGCAGCCCAGGAGAUCAAGAAACAAGCCGGACCGGAGCAGGGGGAGGUGGUCAUCAAACACCUGGACCUGGCUUCUCUCAGAUCAGUCCGAAAAUUCUGUGAUGAAAUUAAGGAUGAGGAAUCCAAGAUUGAUGUGCUCAUCAACAAUGCAGGCGUCUACCAGUGUCCCUACACAAAGACAGAGGACGGCUUUGAGAUGCAGUUUGGUGUCAAUCACCUGGGUCACUUCCUCCUCACUCAUCUGCUGUUGGACAUCCUGAAGACUUCAGCUCCCAGCCGCAUCAUCGUGGUUUCCUCAAAACUUUACAAAUACGGCCAGAUCAACUUUGAUGAUCUGAACAGUGAAAAUAACUACGAUAAGGCCGCCUGCUACAGUCAGAGCAAGUUGGCUAACCUGCUGUUCACACUUGAGCUGGCUCGCCAGCUUGAGGGGACGGGGGUCACGGUCAAUGCUCUCACCCCGGGCAUCGUGAGAACCAGACUAGGCAGACAUGUUCAAAUUCCUCUUCUGGCAAAGCCCCUGUUCCACCUCGCCUCGCUGGCUUUUUUCAAGAGUCCACUGGAGGGAGCCCAGACUCCCCUGUAUCUGGCCUGCUCCACAGAGGUGGAGGGAGUGUCGGGGAAGUGUUUCGCAAACUGUAAGGAGGAGGAGCUGAUGCCUAAAGCUACAGACGGCCAGGCAGCCAAGAAACUGUGGGACAUAAGCAUGAGGAUGGUCGGACUUGCUGACUGAGCCAAGUCCUGUUCUGUGGACAGUGCUGGUGGAAGUAAAAGUUCUUGGACCAGAUAGGGAUUCUCUUGCAUCCCCAGAUCGGUCGUAACGCCACUUUGGGGAUAAAACAUGAACUGAAUGACAUAUUGUGCCAGUGAAGUGUGAAAAAUAAGUGUCUGUGAGCAAGCAUGCUACUUUUCAGUGAGCUGGUUUGAAUGAGGAUUUGAGUUCAAAAAUGUGCCUGUAACGGAUUAAGAUUCAUGAUUCAAGACCUUUAUUUAUCACAACCACAAUUAUACGUAGUAUAAGCGCAGUGAAAUGCAUUGUACACCUGUUCCAGACCGAAACAAUAAGAAUAAUAACAAAGAAUAAAAACACAAUUGAUAGAUAGAUAGAUAGAUAGAUAGAAAUAGUGCAAAAUAACAUGCAUAUACUAGGCGAAGUGUAUACUAGUGACCAUAACCUGCUAUAUGAAACCAUCAACAGAGGGUCUUCGACUUGCAUCAGAAUUCCGUUCUUUUGGAGUAACACGAUUUAUCUUCAUUGAAAAAAAGCUUUUCUUUCAAAAAUAAGGACAUUACUAAGUGAGCGGUAGUGUACAUUUGCAGUUAAAUAAAAAUCUUGGUGUCAAAAUUUGGAAUAACAAACUCCAAUACAAAAUUUUGUCAGAAUGCCUUUAUUUACAUUUCAGUCUAACUAAAAGAGAUAACCAAAGAAACCAAAUAUAUUUUCCAGAUAAAAAUAAAACAUUAAGAAUGAUCUGUUUUAGCUGCAAAACAGAUCAUUCUUAAAUUGUAGUAUGUGUAAUAAAUGCUUAAAUACUGCUUUCUUACCUCUUUUAAAUACUUUCAGGGAGCGAGAGAACAUUACCUGGUCAAAGUACUUUUAGGUCAUAAGUGACUUUUUCUUUUUUCUUUUAGAAACAUCAAUAACUUACGAGUAAAGCUUGCUAAUUUGAUGCAUCCAGCAAGCCUGGUUAGUCUGGCCAUAAGACUUAUAUAGCAGUGUGUUUUUUUUUUUUUUUUUUUUCUAUUGCCAUGACCUGAACAAGAUUUAAACACGCACACCAAGAUCAAAGGGAACAAACUCUCGAGCGAAUCGCCUCACAGCAUUCAUCAAAGACAAGCUGAGUUGUCACAUUUUCCUCUAUUGUGAGGUCACGUUAUUGCUUGUGCGCUGCAAAUCCUCAGAGUGGAGUGAAAUGCACAUCCACUUCAUGUUCAGCUGCUGUUUUUGAAUGCAAAAUGUGUGCAUACUUUAGCAUCUAUUUUUCCAGUGUAGCGGACAGAGAGGUGGGGGUUAGCUGUGAAUCUAGCUUCUUCCUUUUGAUGUGUUUGAAGUGUAAAUGCGUUCUGCUGUGUUUGGAAGAGCUGGAACAAUAAAGGUUGACAAAGUGCUGCUGCUGCACCGUGGCUCCCUCCUGUGGAUGGAUUCAGUCACAAAUAAUGCCCAUCUUCAUCCAUCCGUCCAUUAUCUAUACACUGCUUAAUCCUUAUUAGCGCCACGGGGGGCUGGAGUCUAUCCCAGCUACAUUCACACCUACAGACAAUUUAAAAUCACUAAUUAACCUGAACAUGUUUUUGGAGUGCGGGAGGAAGCAGGACUAACUGGAGAACAUGCAAACGCCAUGCAGAAAGACCACAAGCAAAGAUUCAAACCCAGGACCUUCUAGCGACAGUUCUACCCACUGCUUCACCAUGCAAUACAGUGGUUUUGAACUGAAGAUAUGUUUUCCAGCACCCUCUUAUUUUUUUAGUCUGCAGGACAGUUUUCAAGUAUCAAAGAGGACACCCAGAUAGUUCAACAGGUUAGCGGAUGACCCAUGAACAGGGGCUGUAGUCCCUGAUGCGGUGUCCUGGGUUUGAUUCCAACUCAUGGUUCUUUGCUGCAGGUCUUCCCCCCCCAUUCUUCUGUCUGCCUCUUCACUAGCCUGUCACAUACAAUCAAAAAAGGGUAUAUGCUGGUAUUUGUGGAGCAGUUCCUGUUCUUUGCUGUGUUAUAUCACAAAUAUACACAAAAUGUGAUACA